CUUGUUUCACCGUCUGCGGAGCUUGGUUGUUUGGUUGCACCAAAUCAAUGCUUCGCUUUUGUCAUCUCGUGCUUCUGCCAUGGGUGGUGCAGACCCUGUCGGAGGAUGCCAACGUCAAGGCACUGGAAGAGUUCAAGAAGGAGGUCACGCAGCUUCUUUCCCAAGAGAGAAAGGAAUUCGAAGCGACCACACAAUCUCUGGCCAAGCAGAUCAAGGACUUAGAAGCCAAACUUGGGCAGCAGGGAGCAUUUAUGGCAGACGCUUUGCAAGCAAGCCAAAAAGAAUUUGUAAUGAAAAAAGACUGAAGUCGCUAGAGGAGCAAAACACCGAAGCAGCCAAAGCUCUGGAGGCUCAUCAGCAAGCGCUUGCCAAGCACAAGGAGGAGGCUGCAGCACAACUUGAGAGCCACAAGAAGGAGUUUACAGAGCACAAGGAGGCUUCGGUGAAGGGCCUUGAAGCUCAGAAGCAGGCUUUGGAAACGCACAAGUCCGAGACAGUCAAGCAUAUAGAAGCGCAGCAGCAGGCGCUUGAAGGACACAAGAAAGCAGCUUCAGAGCAGCUGGAGUCGCACAAGAAAGAGUCUGCUUCAGCGCUGGCAAGUGCCAAAGAGGGGUUGCAGAAGUCGCUAGAGGAGCAAAACACCGAAGCAGCCAAAGCUCUGGAGGCACAUCAGCAAGCGCUUGCCAAGCACAAGGAGGAGGCUGCAGCACAACUUGAGAGCCACAAGAAGGAGUUUGCAGAGCACAAGGAGGCUUCGGUGAAGGGCCUUGAAGCUCAGAAGCAGGCUUUGGAAACGCACAAGUCCGAGACAGUCAAGCAUAUAGAAGCGCAGCAGCAGGCGCUUGAAGGACACAAGAAAGCAGCUUCAGAGCAGCUGGAGUCGCACAAGAAAGAGUCUGCUUCAGCGCUGGCAAGUGCCAAAGAGGGGUUGCAGAAGUCGCUAGAGGAGCAAAGAACCGAAGCAGCCAAAGCUCUGGAGGCUCAUCAGCAAGCGCUUGCCAAGCACAAGGAGGAGGCCGCAGCACAACUUGAGAGCCACAAGAAGGAGUUUGCAGAGCACAAGGAGGCUUCGGUGAAGGGCCUUGAAGCUCAGAAGCAGGCUUUGGAAACGCACAAGUCCGAGACAGUCAAGCAUAUAGAAGCGCAGCAGCAGGCGCUUGAAGGACACAAGAAAGCAGCUUCAGAGCAGCUGGAGUCGCACAAGAAAGAGUCUGCUUCAGCGCUGGCAAGUGCCAAAGAGGGGUUGCAGAAGUCGCUAGAGGAGCAAAAAACCAAGUCGCUAGAGGAGCAAAAAACCGAAGCAGCCAAAGCUCUGGAGGCACAUCAGCAAGCGCUUGCCAAGCACAAGGAGGAGGCUGCAGCACAACUUGAGAGCCACAAGAAGGAGUUUGCAGAGCACAAGGAGGCUUCGGUGAAGGGCCUUGAAGCUCAGAAGCAGGCUUUGGAAACGCACAAGUCCGAGACAGUCAAGCAUAUAGAAGCGCAGCAGCAGGCGCUUGAAGGACACAAGAAAGCAGCUUCAGAGCAGCUGGAGUCGCACAAGAAAGAGUCUGCUUCAGCGCUGGCAAGUGCCAAAGAGGGGUUGCAGAAGUCGCUAGAGGAGCAAAACACCGAAGCAGCCAAAGCUCUGGAGGCACAUCAGCAAGCGCUUGCCAAGCACAAGGAGGAGGCUGCAGCACAACUUGAGAGCCACAAGAAGGAGUUUGCAGAGCACAAGGAGGCUUCGGUGAAGGGCCUUGAAGCUCAGAAGCAGGCUUUGGAAACGCACAAGUCUGAGCUGUCAAAGAGCCUGUCGGCACAAGAAGCUGAACUUGAAGGGCAGAAGAAGGCCGUAGUGGCAGUGGCCGCGAAGAUGGACGAGGAGCGCCAGGCAACUGUCAAGGCGCUGGCGGCGGAGAGCGAGCAGCAGCGGUCUGCCGUGCAGACCUGCCAGCGCGAAGCCUCCGAAGGUCUGCUGGCGGCGGGCAAGGCCGCCUCAAAGUUUCAAGAACAGCAGAAGGCCAUGGACAACCAGAGUGAGGACGCAGCGGAACUCCAUCGUCAACUCAAAGAGGAUGUGCAGGAGUACAAGAGCAAUGCUUCCAAGGCCUUGUGGUUGCUGACCCAGUCUUUAGAUGCGCACAAAGAUGAGGUCUCCAACACCAUGAAAGCUCAGCAAGAUGGCCUGGAAAAAAACCUCACCAGCGCCAAGGCAGAUACACAAAAGGCCAUGGAGGCGCAUAGAAAUGAGUUUGCAAUCAGCUUGGAAGAGCACAAGAAGGAAUCUGCUGCUGUCAUGGCAAGCACCAAUGAAGCACUCACAGUCCACAAGAUCGAGACCGUGAAAAGUUUUGAGUCGCAGCAAAAGGCAUUAGAAGCCCACAAAGAUGCCACUUCUGAACAGCUUCGCCUGCAAAGGCAAGAGCUCGACCAAAGCGUUGCGGGAACGAAAGAAGGCCUCGAAAACACUUUGGCGGAGCAAAGCAAGGCUGUGACGAUGCAUGGCGAAACUUUGCAGAAGAUUUCCGAGUCGCAUCAGCAAGCGCUUGCCAAGCACAAAGAGGAGGCUGCAGCGCAGCUUGAGAGCCACAAGAAGGAGUUUGCAGAGCACAAGGAGGCUUCGGUGAAGGGCCUUGAAGCUCAGAAGCAGGCUUUGGAAACGCACAAGUCCGAGACAGUCAAGCGUAUAGAAGCGCAGCAGCAGGCGCUUGACGACCACAAGAAAGCAGCUUCAGAGCAGCUGGAGUCUCAUAAGAAAGAGUCCGCUUCAGCGCUUUCAAGUGCCAAGGCGGGGUUGGAAAAGUCGCUAGAGGAGCAAAAGAACGAAGCAGCCAAAGCUCUGGAGGCACAUCAGCAAGCGCUUGCCAAGCACAAAGAGGAGGCUGCAGCGCAGCUUGAGAGCCACAAGAAGGAGUUUGCAGAGCACAAGGAGGCUUCGGUGAAGGGCCUUGAAGCUCAGAAGCAGGCUUUGGAAACGCACAAGUCCGAGACAGUCAAGCAUAUAGAAGUGCAGCAGCAGGCGCUUGAAGGACACAAGAAAGCAGCUUCAGAGCAGCUGGAGUCGCACAAGAAAGAGUCUGCUUCAGCGCUGGCAAGUGCCAAAGAGGGGUUGCAGAAGUCGCUAGAGGAGCAAAAAGCUGAAACAGCUAAAGCUCUGGAGGCACAUCAGCAAGUGCUUGCCAAGCACAAGGAGGAGGCUGCAGCGCAGCUUGAGAGCCACAAGAAGGAGUUUGCAGAGCACAAGGAGGCUUCGGUGAAGGGCCUUGAAGCUCAGAAGCAGGCUUUGGAAGCUGUGAGAAGCGAGUCGUUGGACAAAUUGCAGUUGUUGGACGAGAGCCGCAAGAGUGCUCCGCCGGGGCCGGGCCCAGAGAAGCCUGGCUCGGGGCCUCCCCCCCCGAAGCCGGCGCCCAAGCCGCCCAAGCCACCGGCCAAGCCGAAGUAGGCGCGAAGCAAAAGCCAAUGCCAACGAAAGUAUUAGGCUUUGCACGGGCUGGCGCCUGUGGGAGCCUUCUCGUAGACCGCUCUGUGCGCGCUGCGUGUGCGCCGCCUGCUGCGCACCGCGCGCCGCGCGAGACUGGGCGAAAAAGAGAGCGCGUGGCUCAGCGCAGGACGAGUAAGACCAGUCAAGAGGAGAUAAGA